GUGGCGAUCACGCGCCUUUUGAAUUGGUUCGCCAACUGCCAGGAAGAAGACGAAAGGCAGCCGGAUAAUGCGACACAGCUAAUAGUGUCCCAUGAUGAGUGCUCAACUGAAGGAUGUCAUUAUCAAAGCUGAGGCUCCCAGCUCUCUGCUGCUGGACAAACAUGCAGACUACAUCGCAGCCUACGGCUCCAAGAAGGAUGACUAUGAGUACACGCUGUCCGAGUACCUGAGGAUGAGCGGCAUCUACUGGGGGCUGACGGUGAUGGACCUGAUGGGCCAGCUGCAGCGGAUGAACCGCCAGGAGAUCAUCGAUUUCAUCAAAGCCUGUCAGCACGAGUGUGGAGGCAUCAGCGCCAGCAUCGGACACGACCCUCACCUGCUCUACACCCUCAGCGCCGUCCAGAUCUUGUGCCUGUAUGACAGUUUGGAUGCCAUCGAUGUGGACAAAGUGGUUGAAUAUGUUAAGGGGCUUCAGCAGGAGGACGGCUCGUUUGCAGGAGACAAAUGGGGAGAAAUUGACACACGGUUUUCUUUCUGUGCUGUUGCUACGCUGGCAUUGCUGGGAAAGAUGGACACCAUAAACGUUGACAAAGCCGUGGAGUUUGUCUUGUCUUGCAUGAAUUUCGACGGAGGUUUCGGCUGCAGGCCGGGCUCAGAGUCGCACGCUGGCCAGAUUUACUGCUGCACCGGUUUCCUGUCGCUCACCGGUCAGCUGCACCAGCUCAACGCCGACCUGCUGGGCUGGUGGCUCUGUGAGAGGCAGCUGCCGUCCGGAGGCCUCAACGGGCGACCCGAGAAGCUUCCAGACGUUUGCUACUCUUGGUGGGUCCUGGCGUCUCUGAAAAUCAUCGGCAGGAUUCACUGGAUCGACAAAGCCAAGCUGCAGCGCUUCAUUCUGGCCUGCCAGGACGAGGAGACGGGAGGAUUCGCUGACCGACCCGGAGACAUGGUGGAUCCGUUCCACACUCUGUUCGGUGUGGCGGGCCUCUCGCUUCUCGGCGACGAGUCGAUCAAGCCGGUGAAUCCCGUCCUGUGUAUGCCUGAAGACGUCCUGCAGAGGGUCGGCCUGCAGCCUGACCUCCUCAGCUAGCGCGCCUAAGCUAACACAUCAUCAUCAUGGCGAACUGAAACGCUGCUCCGCCCCUCACAGCGCCCCCCAGCCUGAGUUAUAACCACUACAGCUGCACCCUGGAUGUGGAUAGAGGACUGCUUUUCUUCAAUCUGUUUGGAAGAAUCCAUCAGAAAAUGACAUUCCUUCGUUUCUCAAGUCGGUUUUAGGAGGAAAACCUGGAAAUUUUACACAUUUCCUCACAUUGCAACCACAACCUUCACUGUAGUUUAUUGGGAUUUUUGUGAUGGAUCCACUGGAAGUACUCCAUAGUUGUGAAGUAGAAGGAAAAUGUUACAUUUUUACAAAUAAAUUAAAAAUAUACAAA